AUGACAGAGCAAAUCUUUAAAAAUUGGUUUGAAAACUCAUUCGUUAAAGAAGUAAAGCGUUACUUAAAGGAAAAGAAUUUACCAGCCAAAGCCAUUUUACUGCUAGACAAUGCAACUUGCCAUCCCCAAUCACUGUCGGAUGUCGAUAAGGACAUAUAUGUUAUGUUUUUGCCACCAAACUGCGCGGCUCUUAUACAGCCAAUGGACCAAAAUGCUAUCCGAAUUUUAAAGACAAACUAUCGGAAGAGUUUUUUGUCUCUACUUUUGUCCAGCCCAACGAGCAAUCUCCCGGAAUCUUUAAAAAACUUUACAUUAAAAGAUGUGGCUUUUUUAUCGUCUAAUGCUUGGAAAAAUGUGGAUGAACGCUUGCUCAGAAAAUGUUUUAACAAAAUUCUUUAUGACGAAGAAUGGGACUCAGAUAAUGAUUUGCCUCUUGCGAUGCUACGGCCCACCAGCAGCUCAUCUAAAAUAAUUGAUCUUCUUGUUGAAAUAUCCCCUGAUGCAUAUAAUGAUAACGAGAUUACUGAGUGGUUGAAUGACGACACUGAUUUCGAUAUCAACGAGAUUGAGGAAGAAGAUAACGAGAACAGCAGUCUUGACGAAAAUGAAAGUCAAGAUCCUAAAAUUUCACUCUCAAGCUAUUGUCGCAUUUGA